CGUGCGAUAUAUGUCGCAUUAUUUCAUAAUGUUGUUUUAUACAUUUUAUACAUUAUAUAUACAUAAACAAGUGGAUUGACAGUUCCUUUUUGAUUCUCUGCCUGAGUAAGUGACAAAAUUCAUUUUAUCGGAACAUAAAGUAGAAAAUAAAAUAAUUUUUCUAAUUAUAAACCUUGCCUUUUGAAGUAAUAGUAAAAAAAAGUACGCAGUAAAUAACCUGAAAGUAAAGUUUCAACUUGUGAAGCCGAACGAAAUCAAAAAGAGAAAAAAAUUUAGAAAGUGAAUUUUCUCUGUUUUUCUUGCAAUUUAUCUUUUCUUCUGCAAUCAAUAAUCAUCACUAUAUUUUUCCAUGAACAAAAAUCAACAUUUUAAUCAAAUCUAAAGAAAAAAAAUUAUUUAACAAAAUCCAAAAGAGAAAAAAAUCUAAACACUAUUUUCCCAUCAACAAAAAUCAACAUUUCAAGCAAAUCUAAAGAAAAAUAUUUAUUUGAAAUUUAUACAAUGGAGAACUUUGAGGACUUAUCAGAAGAAACUCAAAAGAUGCUUUUAGAACGAGAAAUAAUAUUCCAGAACGAAAAAAUCAGUUUAAAUAAAUUAAUUUCAAGUGAAAAUCUAAAACAGAUUAUUGAUGCAGAAACAUUAGUGGAACUUAAAAUGAAUCCAGAAAUAAAAAUUGGAACCAAACCGCCAAGAACGAAAGAUUUAGAAGGAGCAUAUUGUACAUUAUUUGAAGAAAUCAGUAUGAAAGGGUUCAUUAAUACAUUGCAACACGAUAAUCACAAUAUUUACAUCAUUAGCGGAAUAGCAGGAGACGAUAAAAAGGAAACUCUAAUUAAGCAUCUAAAUGACAAUCUCAUUGACAAAAGUAUUAAAAGUCAAAUAACAGAUAUCGAAGAGAGCAUUACCCGAAUUAUUAACACAAGAAUACAGAUAUUUGACAAUCAAUUCGAAUUCAAACAAUUCAAAAAAAUAUGUGGAGAGAAUUUUGACAAAAGGAUUUAUUGGAUAAAAUUACAAGAAUCAAAAUUAAAAUUGACAAAAAUCUACAAACCUGAUUUUUAUCUCGAGGCAAAGAGAUUCAAUGAUCAAGUAAUUAUCGACAGGAAUAUAAAACAACUACUAUCAAGUCCAAAAUUAUCGGAAACAUUUAUUUUCAUCAAUAUCACCAAAAAGCAGUUAACAAGUUGGUUACAAUUUCCCAAUGAACAUAAAAUAUUGAAAUUUUACCAAAAUUGCAAUCAUAAUCGAAUUAGAUUUGUAACAUCAAACGAAAAUUCUUUUGAAUGUAUUCUUAAAAACACUUCUCAACUCAUAGACGACGAAAAUCCAAAAGAAGCCGUUCAUUUACUUGAAUUUAGACAAGGUCAGAUUGUUUUGCUCAAAAGUCACGGUUCCUUGGAAGAAUUGAGUAAACACCGAAGUGAGAAGUACAAAAAUAGUAAAUCUUUACUAGACGAACGAGAUUUGAUGGAAAAAAUUAGGAAUCAAAAAUGUGUUAUUAUUGCCGGUUGUCCAGGUGUUGGAAAAAGUACAAGUAUGAUUAAAUUAUUGGAAAAGUUUGGUUCAGAAGAGACCCAUUGGGUAAUUAGAAUUGAUCUGGAAAUGAUAGCGGUGGGAAAAAUUAAUUUUAGUCAUGAUGAUAAUGAUGCUAAUGAUAAGAAUGGUAAGGAUCAUGAUGCUAAUGAUAAUGAUGGUAAGGACAAUGAUGCUAAUGAUGACAAUACUCCAGUCGACAUAGACAAAGUGGCAGAUUUCUUGCUAGAUUUUCUAGAAACUCAGAAGAAUAGUUUUACCAAAACGUUGCUGAAUUUAGCCCUACGUGACGAAAAUUUCAAAAGACCGUUACUACUCGCUUUUGAUGGCUUUGAUAAUCUAGACAAAAACAACAGAAGCAAUGUUAUCUCAUUGUUGAAAUUUUUAAAGGACAAAACACAUGUCAAACUUUUGAUAACAACUCCUCCCAAUUGUCAGCAAAUUUUAGAAGCUUCCCUAUCGACAUUUGCUGUAAAACUUGAAGCUAUGGAUGAUUCAACAACAACCGAAUUCAUCAAAAAUUAUUUAAACAAUUUCAGUUUGCUAUCAAGUGCAGAAGAGGAUGAUAUUAAAGAAGAUUUCAGUUUUCCAUCAGACACAGAAGAUGAUGACAGUAAAAAAGAAAGUUCAAUAACAUACGUACAAUCCCUUUUAGCCAAAAUGCAAAAAGUGUUCAAUUGUUCCGAAAGUUUUGGCAAUCCCCUGCUGAUAAAUUUAAUCCUACACGGUUCUGCAGUACAUUUCAAAACAUGGCUUCAAGAUAAAAACAAGGUUCCGGAUUUUAGUUAUGUAGGCGAUGAUCUUUGGGAAGUAUUGGAAAAUUUUAUUGAAAGAAGUUAUAAUAUUUACUUUCAGAUAAAUUCAGAAGAGAACACUGUAAGAAGGAUGCAAGAUAAAAUAAUUUUCGACAAGUACCACAAAGAUUUGGCGAAAUUUUUACUUUUCAAAUCAGUCAAAGAGGAAUAUUUGGAGGAAUUGAAGGAAAUCGUUUCUUCUGUUGGAACUAUUCGGUAUCAUCAAAUUAACUCUAUUCAAUCAUCAAGUAACUUGACUCAAUCAUCAGUCAACUUAACUCCAUCAACAGUCAACUUUACUCCAUCAUCAAUCAACUUUGCCCACCCAAUUUUUAGCGAAUACUUCUCAACCAAAAUUUUCACCAACUGGAUACGAAAAUGGAAGAGAGAAAAUGGGACCAAAUUCCCGAAUGCUGAGAAAAAGAAAUUUUUCACAAAAGUACUAGUGGAACCGGAUUUUAGAAUAGUGAGAAAAUUCCUAAACACCUAUUUCUUGAAGGAAAGACCUAAAGACGUCUGUUUCGAAAAAGAACUUUAUCACCCAACCAUUCUGUUUAGGGCAAUCGAGGAAAACAAUCCGGGAAUCGUAAAUUUCGUCCUAGACAAUUUUGACCAAAUGGAUCUUAAUUCUACGGACGAAAACGGAACAUCUCUUUUGUGUACUGCAGUAAUAUCUACUAAUUUCGACAUUGUACAACUUUUAAUCCACCUGGGUGCCACAAUCGAUACAACAGUCCUCUACACUGCAGUUGAAACUGAAAAUUUAGAAGUUGUCCAAUUUUUACUAAAAAAAGGAGCAGAUAUUAAUUGCACAGAUAAAUUAGGUCGCAAAAUUUUACAAAUAGCAGCCGAUUCGAAUUUUUUCCAAUAUGAAUUCCUACAGACUGAAUCUGAAUCUAAAGCAGAAAUUGACAAAUUAAAAAUGGUCAGAUUUUUAAUAGAGCAGGGAGCGGAUAUUCACCCCAAGGAUGACAGAUAUUCCAAAUCUUUACUGGAGUACUCGGUGGAAAUAUCAAAUUUUACAAUGGUCGAAUUUUUAUUGGGGAAAAACUUUGAUGUCAAUGCUCGUGACAAAUAUGGUAGAACAGUUUUGUAUUACGCAUUCGAAUCAGGCAAUUUACAGAUGGUCGAAUUUUUACUAAAGAAAGGCGCGGACAUCAACAUCGAGGAUAAUAACGGAAUACCAAUGUGGACCAUAGGGUUCGAAACAGCUACAAUCGAAAUCGUUGAUCUUCUGAUAAAAAACGGUGUAGAUGUCGACAUGAUGAUUAACUAUAAGGACUAUUCUCAUAAAACUCUUUUGCACACUGCAGCUCUAAGUGGCAGUUUACAAACAUUCGAAUUUCUAGCCAAAAACGGUGCUAACUUGAAUGCUGAAGACCAAUUUGGAAAAUCGGUUCUGCAUUUUGCGGUGACGAAGGUACAAUUUCAUAUUAUCGAAUUUUUGGUACAACAUGGUGCGAAGUUUAAUGCUAAAGACCUAAAUGAAAAAUCCGUCUUGCACUAUGCUGUCGAGUUUGGUACUUAUAAAAUCGUCGAGUAUUUGGUUGAGAACGGUGCUAAGCUUAAUGAUGAGAAUAUAUAUGGUGAGACAAUUUUGCACUAUGCUUGUAAAUUUGGUGAUUUGAAACUAGUUGAUUUUCUUGUACAGAAAGGCGCUGUGGUAAAUGCUAAGCAAAAGAAUGGGAAAUCUGUUUUGCACUACGCGGCAGAACGGGGCGACUUUAAGAUUGUUAAGUACUUAGUAACGCAGAAAGCUGAGAUCAACGAGGAGGACAAUUCUAUCACAUCGAUUUUACACUCUGCUGCCGGUUAUGGCAGUUUGGAAAUGGUAAAAUUUUUGGUUGCUGCCGGCGCUAAUGUGCGUGCUAGAGACCAAAGUGGUAGAUCUGUUCUGCACAGAGCUGUGGACGUUAAUAAUUUGGAAAUGGUAAAAUUCCUAAUGAACGGUGUGGAUAAGGACGAAAUAGCCCGAAGCGAGGAUCAUUACGGGGCUACUCUUUUACACAUUGCAGCAGAAAAUAAUAAUUUCGAGAUGGUACGAUUCCUAACUGAACAAGGAGCGAUAGUUAAUGCUAUAAAUAUGCAUUCCUAUUCGGUUUUGCACACUGCGAUCGAAUCGGCCGACAUGGACAUGGUCGAAUUUCUGAUCAAUAAAGGUGCCAAGGUGAAUGUUAUGGAUAGAUGGGGCAUAACAACUUUGCACAUAGCGGCAAAUAAACGUGACUUUGAAAUGGUGAAUUUUUUGAUACAAAAAGGAGCGGAUGUUAACGCAAAAGAUCACAAUGGUAGAUCCGUAUUGCAUUGUGCAGCUGAAAAUGGUAACCAACAGACGGUUGAAUAUCUAAUAGAAAAAGGUGCCAACGUAUAUUGUAAGGAUCAAAACGGUAGGGGCAUUCUACAAACGGCAGUCGUCUACAACCAAUGGAAUUUGGUUCAAUUUCUACUGGAGCAAUGCGAUGAUCAGAUGAAAUACAAAAAUAAAAUGGGGUGUUCACUAAUUCAUAAAGCGUGUGAAACGGAUAAUUUUGCUAUUGCUGAAUUUUUGCUGCAACGUGGGGCUGAUAUCAAUGAAAAGUACAAAGAUGGUAGUUCUCUUUUACACUGUGCGACUAAAUAUGCUGACAUAAAGUUACUUGAAUUUCUUCUAAAGCACGGUGCGGAUAUUCAUGCUAAGGAUAACAAUGGUAAAACAGCUUUGCAAUAUGUGAGUGAUAAUAUUGACAAUUAUUCCUCUUCAUUGAGAAAUGAUCAUGAUCCCAAGAAGACAAUUGAAUUAUUGACAAGUAAUGGGGCCGAUAUUAAUUCGCUGGAUAUUAAGGAUUUUUACUAUUAUCCUGAUAUCGUUGAUUAUAUAAAGGGAAAACAGGAACAAAUGACUGCAGAAGAAAUUUCAACAAUGGAGAACUUUGAGGACUUAUCAGAAGAAACACAAAAGAUGCUUUUAGAACGAGAAAUAAUAUUCCAGAACGAAAAAAUCAGUUUAAAUAAAUUAAUUUCAAGUGAAAAUCUAAAACAGAUUAUUGAUGCUGAAACAUUAGUGGAACUCAAAAUGAAUCAAGAAAUAAAAAUUGGAACCAAGCCGCCAAGAUCGAGAGAUUUAGAAGGAGCAUAUUUUACAUUAUUUGAAGAAAUCAGUAUGAAAGGGUUCAUUAAUACAUUACAACACGAUAAUCACAAUAUUUACAUCAUUAGCGGAAUAGCAGGAGACGAUAAAAAGGAAACUCUAAUUAAGCAUCUAAAUGACAAUCUCAUUGACAAAAGUAUUAAAAGUCAAAUAACAGAUUUCGAAGAGAGCAUUACCCGAAUUAUUAACACAAGAAUACAGAUAUUUGACAAUCAAUUUGAAUUCAAACAAUUCAAAAAAAUAUGUGGAGAGAAUUUUGACAAAAGGAUUUAUUGGAUAAAAUUACAAGAAUCAAAAUUAAAAUUGACAAAAAUCUACAAAACUGAUUUUUAUCUCGAGGCAAAGAGAUUCAAUGAUCAAGUAAUUAUCGACAGGAACAUAAAACAACUACUAUCAAGUCCAAAAUUAUCGGAAACAUUUAUUUUCAUCAAUAUCACCAAAAAGCAGUUAACAAGUUGGUUACAAUUUCCCAAUGAUCGAAAGAAAUUUGAAUUUGAACAUAAUUACGAACAUCAUCGAAUUAGAUUUGUAACAUCAAACGAAAAUUCUUUUGAAUGUAUUCUUAAAAACACUUCUCAACUCAUAGACGACGAAAAUCCAAAAGAAGCCGUUCAUUUACUUGAAUUUAGACAAGGUCAGAUUGUUUUGCUCAAAAGUCACGGUUCCUUGGAAGAAUUGAGUAAACACCGAAGUGAGAAGUACAAAAAUAGUAAAUCUUUACUAGACGAACGAGAUUUAAUGGAAAAAAUUAGGAAUCAAAAAUGUGUUAUUAUUGCCGGUUGUCCAGGUAUCGGAAAAAGUACAAGUAUGAUUAAAUUAUUGGAAAAGUUUGGUUCAGAAGAGACCCAUUGGGUAAUUAGAAUUGAUCUGGAAAUGAAAGAGGUGGGAAAAAUUAAUUUUAGUAAGGAUGAUGAUGAUGCUAAUGAUAAUGAUGGUAAGGAUCCUGAUGCUAAUAAUGACAAUGGUAAGGAUGAUGAUGCUAAUAAUGCUAAUGAUAAUGAUGGUGAAGAUAAUUAUGCUGCUGAUAAUGAUGCUAAUGAUAAUGAUGCUUUUGGUAGUCUGCUAACGGCACUAUCAUUAUCAUCACUAUCAUUAGGUAGUGAUUCUAAAGAUAGUGAUGCUACCGAUAAUGAUGCUGAUGAUAUCAAUACUCCAGUCAACUUAGACAAAGUAGUAGAUUUCUUGCUAGAUUUGCAAGAAACUCAAAAGAAUAGUUUUACCAAAACGUUGCUGAAUUUAGCCCUACGUGACGAAAAUUUCAAAAGACCGUUACUACUCGCUUUUGACGGCUUUGAUAAUCUAAACGAAAACAACAGAAGCAAUGUUAUCUCAUUGUUGAAAUUUUUAAAGGAGAAAACACCUGUCAAACUUUUGAUAACAACUCCUCCCAAUUGUCAGCAAAUUUUAGAAGCUUCCCUAUCGACAUUUGCUAUAAAACUCGAAGCUAUGGAUAAUUCAACAACAACCGAAUUCAUCAAAAAUUAUUUAAACAAUUUCAGUUUGCUAUCAAGUACAGAAGAGGAUGAUAGUAAAAAAGAUUUCAGUUUUCCAUCAGACACAGAAGAUGAUGACAGUAAAAAAGAAAGUUCAAUAACAUACGUACAAUCCCUUUUAGCCAAAAUGCAAAAAGUGUUCAAUUGUUCCGAAAGUUUUGGCAAUCCCCUGCUGAUAAAUUUAAUCCUACACGGUUCUGCAGAACAUUUCAAAACAUGGCUUCAAGAUAAAAACAAGGUUCCGGAUUUCAGUUAUGUAGGCGAUGAUCUUUGGGAAGUAUUGGAAAAUUUUAUUGAAAGAAGUUAUAAUAUUUACUUUCAGAUAAAUUCAGAAGAGAACACUGCAAGAAGGAUGCAAGAUAAAAUAAUUUUCGACAAGUACCACAAAGAUUUGGCGAAAUUUUUACUUUUCAAAUCAGUCAAAGAGGAAUAUUUGGAGGAAUUGAAGGAAAUCGUUUCUUCUGUUGGAACUAUUCGGUAUCAUCAAAUUAACUCUAUUCAAUCAUCAAGUAACUUGACUCAAUCAUCAGUCAACUUAACUCCAUCAACAGUCAACUUUACUCCAUCAUCAAUCAACUUUACCCACCCAAUUUUUAGCGAAUACUUCUCAACCAAAAUUUUCACCAACUGGAUACGAAAAUGGAAGAGAGAAAAUGGGACCAAAUUCCCGAAUGCUGAGAAAAAGAAAUUUUUCACAAAAGUACUAGUGGAACCGGAUUUUAGAAUAAUGAGAAAAUUCCUAAACACCUAUUUCUUGAAGGAAAGACCUAAAGACGUCUGUUUCGAAAAAGAACUUUAUCACCCAACCAUUUUGUUUAGGGCAAUCGAGGAAAACAAUCCGGGAAUUGUAAAUUUCGUGCUAGACAAUUUUGACCAAAUGGAUCUUAAUUCUACGGACGAAAACGGAACAUCUCUUUUGUGUACUGCAGUAAUAUCUACUAAUUUCGACAUUGUACAACUUCUAAUCAACCUGGGUGCCACAAUCGAUGCAACAGUCCUCCACACUGCAGUUGCAACUGAAAAUUUAAAAGUUGUCAAAUUUUUACUAAAGAAAGGAGCAGAUGUCAAUUGCGAAGAUAAAUUAGGUCACAAAAUUUUAAAAACAGCUGCUGAUUCGAAUUUUUUCCAGCAUGAAUUCCUCAAAUCUGAAUCUGUAUCUGAAUCAGAAUCAGAAAUUGACAAAUUAAAAAUGGUCAGAUUUUUAAUAGAGCAGGGAGCGGAUAUUCACGCCAAGGACAGAUAUUCCAAAUCUUUACUGGAGUACUCGGUGGAAAUAUCAAAUUUCAAUAUGGUCGAAUUUGUACUGCAAGAAAAUUUUGAUGUCAAUGCUCGUGACUGUUAUGGUAGGUCAAGUUUGUAUUACGCGUUCGAAUCAGGCAAUUUGCAGAUGGUCGAAUUUUUACUAAAGAAAGGCGCGGACAUCAACAUCGAGGGUAAUUACAGAAUACCAAUAUGGACCAUAGGGUUUGAAAUGGCUACAAUCGAUAUGAUUGAUCUUCUGAUAAAACACGGUAUAAAUGUCGACAUAAUGAUUAAUUAUAAGGACUAUUCUCAUAAAACUCUUUUGCACACUGCAGCUCUAAGUGGCAGUUUACAAACAUUCGAAUUUCUAGCCAAAAACGGUGCUAACUUGAAUGCUAAAGACCAAAAUGGAAAAUCGGUUCUGCAUUAUGCAGUAACGAAGGCACAAUUUCAUAUUGUCAAAUUUUUGAUACAACAUGAUGCGAAAUGUAAUGCUAAAGACCAGGAGGAAAGGUCUGUUUUGCACUAUGCGGUCGAGUUCGGCACCCAAAAAAUCGUCGAGUAUUUGAUUGAGAACGAUGCUAAGUUUUAUGAUAAGGAUCGACACAGUGUGACAAUUUUACACAAUGCUUGUAAAUUUGGCAAUUUAAAACUAAUUGAUUUUCUUGUACGGAAAGGCGCUGUGGUGAAUGCUAAGGAUAAGGAUGGGAAAUCUGUUUUGCACUACGCGGCAGAACGGGGCGAUUUGAAGAUUGUUAAAUACUUAGUGAAGCAGAGAGCUAAGAUCAACGAGAGGGACAAGUAUGUCAGAUCCAUUUUACACUCUGCUGCCGGUUCUGGUAAUUUGGAAAUGGUAAAAUUUUUGGUUGCUGCCGGCGCUAAUGUGCGUGCUAGAGACAAAAGUGGUAGAUCUGUUCUGCACAGAGCUGUGGACGUUAAUAAUUUGGAAAUGGUAAAAUUCCUAAUGAACGAUGUGGAUGAGGACGAAAUAGCACGAAGCAAGGACGAUUUUGGGACUACUCUUUUGCACACUGCAGGAAGAAUUGGUAAUUUAGAGAUGGUACGAUUCCUAACUGAACAAGGAGCGAACGUUAAUGCUAAAAAUAAGGAAUACUAUUCGGUUUUGCACAGUGUGAUGGAAUCGGCCAACAAGGACAUUGUUGAAUUUCUGGUCAAUCAAGGCGCCAAGGUGAAUUUUAUGGAUAGACGGGGCAGAACAAUUUUGCACUUGGCGGCUGAGUAUACAAACUUUGAGAUUGUUAAAUUUUUGAUAGAAAAAGGAGCGAAUAUUUUAGUUGCCGACGAAAAUGAACGAACGAUUUUGCACAUUGCGGCAAUUAGAGGUGACUUUGAGAUGGUGAAUUUUUUGAUACAAAAAGGCGCGGAUGUUAACGCAAAAGAUGACGAAGGCAGAUCCGUAUUGCAUUGUGCAGCUGAAAGUGGUAGCCGACAGACGGUUGAAUAUCUAAUAGAGAAAGGAGCCAACGUACAUUGCAAGGAUCAAAACGGUAGGAGCAUUUUACAAGCAGCAGUUAUCUACAACCACUCGAAUUUGGUUCAACUUCUACUGGAGCAAUGCGAAGAUCAGAUUAAAUACAAAAAUAAAAUGGGUUCUUCAUUAAUUCAUUUAGCGUGUGAAACGGAUAAUUUUGAGAUUGCUGAAUUUUUGCUGCAACGUGGGGCUGAUAUCAAUGAAAAGUACAAAGAUGGUAGUUCUCUUUUACACUAUGGGACUAAAUGUUCUGACAUAAAGUUACUCGAAUUUCUUCUGAAGAACGGUGCAGAUAUUCACGCUAAGGAUAACAAUGGUAAAACAGCUUUGCAAAAUGUGAGUGAUACUAUUUACAAUUAUUCCUAUUCGUGGAGAUAUGAUCGCAAGAAGACAAUUGAUUUAUUGACGAGAUAUGGGGCCGAUAUUAAUUCGCUGGAUAUUAAGGAUUUUCACUAUUAUUGUGAUAUCGUUGAUUACAUAAAGACAAAACAGGGACAAAAGACUGAAGAAUAAAUAUCUGUAUUAUUUAUAUUUUUCAGAAGUUUGAAUUUUUUACUUGAAGAAAAGCAGCACGAAUUAUUGUAAAAUAAAUAUUUAUAUUUUGGCUAAAUUUUUAGUUAUCGAAAAAAAGCACAAAUAUCUGUAGAAUAAAUAUUUCUAUUUUAACUAAAUUACACAUCAAUUACAAAACUUGAAAACAAUUAUGUAAAUUUGAUUCCAACAAUAAAUAAUUUUUUUAACACUAUAAUUAA